GUAAUAUAAAAAGAAACAUGUUGGGUUUUUCUUCCACAUGCCCUGGAUUUUGUUCUUCAUCAUCACAACACAACCUCUUAUUCUCUCUCUCUCUCUCUGAAAACCCUAACCCUGGAUCUUCCUCUUUCUGCCUUGUGCUUCCUCCACAUGAUCAGGAAUUGAAGAGGUGGAAUGGAAGAAUUUGAUGAUGGGUAUGAGUCAUAUUUCUUACCCUCAACGAGGGUUCUUAACAGAAAAUUGUACCACCUUGGAUACUGUUUGAAUUGGUCAAAGUUUUAUGUAGGGUUUGUUAAGGAUCUUGUAGGUUUAAUAAAAUCUUGGAUCACAUCAUUAGGGAUGUUGAGAUCGGAAAGGUUUGAUCGCUCUCCCAAUGAUAUGAUUUCCAAUAUAGUGACAGUUUGAUCAUUGUGAAUAUUUAAUCUGUAUUUUAUUGAGUUUUAAAUUGAAUUUACUUGGGGGAGCAUGGACAACAUGUAUGAUGCCAAUCAGUUGGAUUCCGAAGUUCUUUUGCCGCCUCGGAAACGUCUUCUUGCUGGAUUGAAAAAACAGAAUUCAGAUAGUGAAGCUACUGCCUCUCCAUCUCCAGUUGCUGCUUCUUGUGUUACAGAUGUUGCUUCCCCUUCAUCCUCAUCUUUUUCAAGUGAAUUUGAAGCCCGACUUAAGCAUUUGUUGAGUUGUCACUCAAAUAACCCUAACCUGACGCCUGUGGAGGUUGUGGAGGCCUAAAAAACAGCUGCAAUUGCUGCAACUAAGGUUGCAGAGGCUGCUAGAGCUGCAGCUGAAGAAAAAGCUGCAAUAGCAGCGAAGGCGGUUGCAGCAGCCAAGAGUGCUUUAGAUUUGGUUGCGUCUUUCUCUGAGGACACAAUCAGCAAGGAAAGAAAUCUGAAAUAGAGCAAGUCAAAGAAGCAUCUCCCAGUUUAGCUGUUGUACAAAAAUAACAAACCAAUUGAAAAUACUAUGAAAGAUGAGGAAUUAGCUCGUAAACUACAUCGAGCCAUGAAUAGUUCUCCAAGAAUCUCUAAGAAUUCUCCGAGGUCGGGGUCAAAAGGUUGCAGAUCGAAGAAGCCUAGAAGCUCUUCAAGUUAUGAAACUGAGGGCUCUGUAUCUAGUAUGGAAGUUGGACAAGAUUGCUUAUCUUUGAACAACAGGCAUGUAAUUGCGGGCAAGAUUUAUUCUGAAGGAUCCAACCAGGAGGUAUGUUCGAGUAAGAAAGACAAGAAGGGAAUCAAAGAUGAUAGAUCUAGACGAAUAGAGAUAGAUAAUAGGGAAGCAGAGUUAAGCCAGUCAAAACAGAAAAACUGUGAAGAUUCGUCUCCCACAGGUAAGAAGAGAGGAAGGACAAAGCUAAAGAAAUUGCCCUUAAGCAUUUGCUCCUCGAAAGAUGCGCAGCCGAGGGAAGGAAUAAAAGCCAGAAUUUCUUCAUUGACUGAAAUGAACACUGGCAAUCAUCAUGUUGAUAGUAUACCUGUGUUUCCAGUGGAGCCAUCCACUAACCGAGUGAUGCCAACUGAGGCUACAUCAAUUCGUAAAUGCCAGGAGUUCAAGGCACCAGCUUGUAUCAAACAAAAUAAAGUGGUGCAGUAAUAAUCAGGGAUUUUGAUUGCGGCUGCGCUGCAGAACUGCGGGUUGAAAUGGCUGCAACUGUGGUCGCGUUGUCGUUGCUACAAAACCUGUUACAUUGCAGUUACAGACCGCAAUUUAGAACCCUGGUCAUAAUACAUUGAGAUGACUGUAUGCUAUAGUGAUAGAUGUUGAUAGCUGAGAUAGGAAUCAUGAUGCUUCUUUUUUUACAAUAUGGAAUUUAUCUUAUUUGUUCAUCUGUGGUUUUGUAAUGGAUUUGCACUGAUUAAUUGUAAAUUUAGAUUUUUAGUUGUU